CGAAUCUCUGUCACGAUUUUAUACAUUUUUAUGUCAACGUUAAUAGUUAACAAACUAGUAAAUGAUACAUUUCUUCGGAAUUUAAUUUUAUACACUUGGAGAUGGAAUAAAGAAUUUGGUGAUUAUUAUUUUAUUUGCAUAAAACAAAAUUUGUCAGACAUUUAAUGCGCGAAACUGUCAUUCUAACCAACAAAACUUUGACAUCAACUUUCCAAAGAUUCGUUAUAACUGGUUAUAAUAUAUGAGUAAUCAGAUAAAAGUUGUUCAUGUAUCCUAUAAUGUAAUGUUUAUGCUAAAGUAAAAAUCAAAUUGUUAAGCUUGAUCAAUAAUUACUCCCAAGCCAAAUGUGUUUUUUCAUGUGAACAGUGUAAACAAAAACCACCAAUAUAGAGCAAGUACAAAGAAGCAGAAUGUCUGAAAAUAGAUUAAACCUGGAAGAUGAAGUUUCAUCCCCAGAUCUCUUUUCUGAUUCGGAAGCUGGGUUAAAUGUUUCCAAUAUUUUAACUUCUGAAGAAGAGCCAGUUUUUAGUGCACCAGAACCUAGUUACGUCUUGCCUGAAUGGAAAGGAGUCAGUCUAGAAGAAAUUUACAAAGGUCGUGGACCAUUCGAAUUUCAAGAAUUACCACACAUUCAUUCCUCGGCAACACACACUGUGUUAUUUGCUCUACCUCUUUCGGAUCGUGGUCCUCCAAAACCUUAUCCGCCACAAUCGGCCGACAAAUGGAGUCCCGGAUACGUUCGAAUGCCACAUUCUCACCAUAGCCUCUAUCCCAUAGAAAAGGAAGGUAAAAACAAAGAACUACGGCGUCGCUGGGAAAUAAUCCAAGAAGCUCUUUUACAAACUUUCACUUCCAGCUUCCAAUUGGAGGCUGCUAUUUUUUCCUACAAUCACAAAUACGCUCAUCGAUGGGAUUUUUCAGCCUUGCAUCAUUUUUUCUCCGAGGUGGUAGACGAAGACGAAGCGGAAAUGUUUUUUAAAAUAUUGCUACCGAAAAUAAUACAACUGGCUCUUCAACUUCCGACCCUUAUAACGGGAGCAAUUCCUCUAUUAACUCGACACUCAAAUGCAUCGAUUAGUUUAAGUCAGUUGCAAGUUGCAUCUUUGCUGGCGAACGCAUUUCUCUGCACUUUUCCAAGGCGAAACUCGAUGAAUCCACAAUCGGAAUAUGGAAAUUAUCCAUACAUCAAUUUCAACAAACUUUUCUCAGCAUUCAGGGAAAACCGACCCGAUAAGUGCAACUCUAUAAUGGAGAAAUUAAAGUGCAUUUUCCAUUACUUCCGAAGAGUCACAGCAAAAACGCCUGACGGCACGAUAACUAUUCAAAGGCGGUAUAUUCCAAAAGAAGAUUGUCCAAGGUGGAAUCAACAGUCUCAAAAGUUGCCUUCGCUGCACAUAACGAGCAAAGGUACGAUUGAAACCGAAGGAGCAGGUCUUCUACAGGUCGAUUUUGCGAACAUGUAUGUUGGUGGCGGAGUUCUUGGCUGGGGUUGUGUUCAAGAAGAAAUUCGAUUCGUCAUCUGCCCCGAGUUGUUGGUAACUAUGCUAGUCGCAGAAGUUCUUGACGAUACUGAAGCACUCGUUAUUAGUGGAGUCGAACGAUUUAGUAAAUACGAAGGCUACAGCAACUCUUUCAAGUGGGCUGGAGAUUUUAUCGAUGAGACACCACAAGAUCACAGUGGAAGGCGAAAAACUUCGGUUGUAGCAAUUGACGCCUUGUCCUUCAAGCAGCCAAGUACUCAGUUCAAGAUGAGUAACGUGAUUCGGGAACUGAACAAGGCCUAUGUUGGAUUUCACGGCCACGAUUCUCACAGAGAAAAUUUGCCAGCUGUCGCGACUGGAAACUGGGGUUGUGGCGUUUUUCAUGGCAAUCCUCAGUUAAAAGUCUUACUGCAAUUAAUGGCAGCAUCGGUUGCCGGACGGUCAGUUGUUUAUUUCACUUUUGGGGAUGCCGAGCUGAGAGACAGUGUUUCCGAAAUGUACUGGCAUCUUGUGCAACAGAACGUAGACAUUGGUCAGUUGUUUUCCUUACUCUCGCAGUAUCAAGAAUCAAUGUCCAGGUCCCAUCGGGAUUUUUAUCGUUUCUUAUAUAACAAGAGCAAAAUGAAACCAAUUAUGGAUUACUUCAGGGUAGUAAAACCGAGCACUGAGUUCAUUUCGGAGACAAAGUCCUCGAAAUCUUCUAAAACUCCGGAAAAAAGGAAAUAUGAAAGCAGUUUGAAGCAGGCGGGAAGUUUGUCAGAUGUAGUGAUGGCAAAUUUGUUAGAUUCUGAUGACCAGGAUCUUGAAGCAAAGUUGGAGGCAAUAGAGAAGGAAGCUAGUCAAGUUUUGAAAGGAAAAACCAACGAUUUAGGUCGAGAGAAAGACUUCAAGAGCAAAGAGAAUGGGAGAUCCAGGGAGUUUAAUAAAAUGGCUAAACAAGAAACUUUUGCUGAAGACAAGCCUGUUUACAAGCAUAAGAGUGAAAACAAUUGUAAAAGUAUGUCUGAACAGAAUCAUUUAAAUGCAUCGCCCAAGAAGAAAUUAUCUCUUUGGGAUUUGCCAGUGUACAAAGAAUCUGCAAAAUCAACAAAAUCGAUUGAAUCGAAUAAAGAUGUAGAACUCGAGGACAAAAAAUUGACGGAACGAGAUGAAGAGAACAUAUCCGAAAAUAAAAUGACGGAAACGAUUCUCAAAAAUGAGAGUAAGGAAGAGUCGACACCGCAAAGUAAAUUAUCUACGAUACAAAGUAAAAAUUCGCCUUGUACGAAGAAGACUGCACAAAAAAAAAUAUCGGACUUUUUCUUAUCAAAUUUGUAAAAAUUUGACAGUGACUAUGUCGCUUUUGUAAAUAAAUGUAUGAUAAUAAUAAAGUCGCAUGUAUCU